GGCACCGGCCUUGCUGGGUCACGACGUACCGACUUUUAUUAAGGCGUGCCCUUUUCGUGAGAGAGUGUUUGGUGAAUGUGUUGGGUCUGUAAUUAAAAUGCUAAAAUACGGUUCUGGGAGAAAGUUUAACGGAUUAUUAUCUUUCCUGCGCAGAAGAAAGAGAGUGCUAGGACAUAUCUGUUUAAAGUGACUGUGCAAGUGACAUUUUGAUGUUCCAUAUUUAUGGUGCUCUCCCCCAGUCACUUGCAUAUAAAGGGCUGGAUUAUACCAGCCUGGCCCAGGAAGAGGUCGGAGAAUGAACCUGGGGCACAACCACUCCCGAGUGCCACACAGCCUUCCCCCUGCACAGAGCCACACAAAAUCAUUUAGGUUGGAAAAGACCUCCAAGAUCAUCGAGUCCAACCUUUUCCCGUGCUUCCUGUGGCUGGGAUGCCACUUUGAUCAGGACAACAUCAAAGCCUUAUUUAUUCUUCCAUGCUGAGCUCUGUCUCUGUGGUGGUGUGACUCCUAGCCCCUGCUUUCAAGCUCUUCACAGACAACCCUACUUUACUAAUAUGUGAAACCAGCCCGAAAUUAUAACUGAAAAAGAGGCCUGAGAAAAGCCUUCAAGAAGACUUUUACAUAGCUCACAGCAAGCUGGAAAAGUUAAUCUCCAGGGAGAAAUGUACAAACAGCUGGGAGAGCAAGAAGGAACGACAUUGUGCGGCAGGAGUUUGUGGAGCAGAAUUUUAGGGUGCUGGAUUGGAUCUCAACACCAACAUGAAUCUUUUCUGUUUUUCUCUGGAGGGCUCGAUGGACAGCCUGUAUGAGCCUGUCCCAGAACAUCAGGAAGCCAAGGAUACAGCUACUCUUGAAAGCCAGGCUGGCACUCCAGUGAGCACACCUGGAAACUGUGGGCCACCUGACAGGUCUAUGUCUUUGGAGUUUCCUGACUUUGAGAACACACUGACCAAAAAAAGAAAGCGGGGCCCCACUAGACUCAGAACAUCAAUGUUAUCUGUGUCUGUUGCUGAAAAAUCUCAAAAUGGAUCCAUCCAGAAGUCCAUGUCUGAAAAUGAAGCAUUUGACAGGAAAAAUGUGAAUGGCACACUUUGGCAGGGUUCCAGGAAGCCAGAGAAUGAUUCGUACAUCAGAAGGCACUGCCAGCUUGAAGAAGAUAAUAUUAUUGCUGAUGGAAUACAUUUGCUCCAAGGAAAGAAGAUAGAAGAAACAACAUGUCAGGUGAUAAACUAUGAGCAAUGGAUCCCACCACGAGUUCACAAUCCAGGUGUGCCUGGCAACAGUGACAUGGGUACAGAACCAGACAAUAAAGCUGAGUCCAGGGGAACACUAAAAAGACUGCAGAAAUUGGUCCGAACAAAGAAAACAAGUACACAAAGCUUGGAAGAUGUCAAGCACGUUCUGGUUCCCCUCAAUACCUUAGAAGAUGCUUAUCUCUCUGAAGAGGAUGAAGAAGCACUAACUUCUUGCAUGAAGCUGACAAAGCCCCAGGAAAAGAAGACAUGGAAAGAUAACACAAGAAGAAAAGAAGAGACUGAGACCAGGACAGAUUUUAUUUCUGCAUCUCUGGGCCGCUCAUACACUUCCAGACUUAAUAACUUAGGAACUAUUUCAAUUCAUUCUGAAACUGAAUUUCACUUGUGGAGUGACUGGAAGCCGUUUCCUGACAACCAGCUCUGUCCUUGUGACUUUUUAAUUUCAAAAAUAGAAGAAUGGGAAAACUGUACUUGCUCUUCUCAUCAGCCACAUCUUACAUAUUCCCUAACAGAUAUGGAUCUACAGUACUCCUGGCGCACGAGCAGCUUUGGGAGCUUUGACCGUUUCAGGCAUCACUCGAUAUCAAAGGCAGAUGAUUCAGCUGAGAUAUCUGAGCUGGAGACUAUAAGUGACAUUGGGGAAGCAGUACAAAUCAAAGCAGCAAACAAUGGAGGAAGUCUGAGUAAGAAGAUGAGAGCCAUUUCACUUACCAUGAAGAAAAAGAUGGGUAAAAAAUACAUCAAGGCACUCUCUGAGGAGAUGAAUGAAGAGGGAAAAGAAGACAGUGAUCCUGGUGGUGGAACACACACUGAGAAGGUCUCCCUAAAAACCAGUGACUCUCUGGAAAGUCUCUAUAGUCUGAACAGUGGCCAGAGCUCAUCUAGUGGGGUGACCAGCUGCUCGGAUGGCACGAGCAACAGGGACAGCCUGCGCUUGGAGGACGAGGUGCCCUACAACGGCCCCUUCUGCGGCCGAGCCAAAGUGCACACCGACUUCACUCCCAGCCCGUACGACACCGACUCGCUGAAAAUCAAGAAAGGAGACAUCAUAGAUAUCAUCUGCAAAACUCCCAUGGGCAUAUGGACAGGCAUGUUGAACAACAAAGUAGGAAAUUUCAAGUUCAUUUAUGUGGAUAUUAUCUUGGAAGAAGAAGCUGCACCCAGAAAGAUCAACCCACACAGAGGAAGCAAAAGGACCAAGCCCAAAACAUUGCAAGAGCUCCUGGAAUGUGUCCACCUGCAGGAAUAUGCCUCAACCCUCCUGCUGAAUGGCUAUGAAACUCUAGAGGACUUAAAGGAUCUACAUGAAAGCCACCUCAUUGAAUUAAAUAUUUCUAACCCAGAAGACAGGGCAAGAUUGUUAUCAGCAAUUGAAAAUCUCCAGGACUGUGACAUUGAAGAACAGCAGAAGAGCGAGGAUGGUCAGGAGACGCAAAACUUAAGCCCUCACCAGAGUUUUGACAAAUCACAGUUAAAUGACUGUCCAAGAGAUUCUGGCUGUUACAUCUCAUCAGAAAAUUCAGAUAAUGGUAAAGAAGAAGCAGACCCAGAAGCCCUGUCUGACAUGGUGCAGUCAAUAACAAUCAGUGAGUCAAACUGAUUCGGUCCUGCUGCUUUUCUGCAGAUUUUCAGGAAAGACAAUCACAUUUGUCAGUACAGUGGCACAGAAGCAGAAUACAAAAUAUUCUCAACACUGAAAAUCUACUUAUUUCUGAAUCAUGAUGCUGUAAACUGCUUCAUAUGUGGACACUCAAUAGCUAAAUGUUAGUUGAUGAUAAGAGUUUCUCAUGUUUUUCUUUUCAAUGAAUCCACAAGUAUUUCCCUGAAAAAGUUUAUACAAAAGUAUUUAUAAAUAUUUGUACAGCAAAUGCCUUUUCUAUAAUAGCAGAGACUUUUUCUAGGUAGUGGUUCAUAAUCUGGAGAUGUUAAUUUCUGUAACUAUCCAAAAUGUAAAUAUUGUACAGAUUUAUUUUAAAAAUAUAUGGAUUAAUCAUACUGUCUCUAUUUUCAGCUGUGUUUUGCUUAUUUGUGUACAGAAUGUCUUUUCAUUGAUAUGUAAUCAUAAUGAAAAGGUGGAUGCAGUCAUGCCCUACUUUGAAAAGUACCAAUUCUCACUAAUAUUAAAGCUGUUUCAUACAACUCACUUUUGUCCAGAGUGAGCUCUAAAGUAGACUCAUUUCCUGUACUUUUUACUGGAGGCAUGCGAGAACUGUAGGGUGAAUCUGAAUCCAGUUUUCUGCUGUCCUUAUGUUGUGGAAGAACAGAGCCAUCCGAAUGGCAGUGGCAAUUUUUUUAUGGCUCUUUUCAAACCUGUUCUCAUUUGUCCCAAGCAUUAUACAGAGAGUUCAAACUCAGAGAAGAAAGCCAUCAGGAUCAGUGCUGUGCUUUUAUGAUAAUGUUUUGUGAAGGUGUUGCCUUUUGUGUGUGGUGUGAAGUUUGUUACUAGAAUAUUUGUUUGUGUACAGAACUCGGAAGCUAACAUGGUUAUUGUACCUGAUUCUCUUUCAUAGGAGAUUUUAUUGUCUUUUCCCAGUAUAUUUCACACUGGAAAACACAUUUUAACUGCCUGUCUUCUUUUAGAGUACUUUAAUAAUAAACAGAACCAUGUGUUUAAGCCCUUUAAAAA